AUGAGCACCAACGACCCAGCAGACCUACUCACAGUCAUCGUAAGCUAUCCACUCUCCCCAGCAGGGGACGCAUACUCUGGGCUGACUCCCGAGGAAGCUUCUUCGCAGCUCGACCUGAACCCCUUAGCAUGGGCCGACCUGGAAUCCCACAGCCAACUGGGUGGACACCCACCAGAGGAGACAUCCUCGGCAGCCAGUCUGGUCUCAGUCAUCGAAAGCUUCCUGAUCUUUGCAAACUCUCAUCUGGCAUUGAGGCACGAGAAUGCGAUCGCAGUCUAUGGUGCAACUCUUGGAUCAAGUGAACUACUCUACUCUUCACUCCAAGCGAAGCCGAUCACUAAAUCUUCCAAGCAACCCGCCGGCUCACGCGAUGCAAACACCUACCAGAGCUUCCGGAUCCUCAACGACUCGGUCGCUAACGGGGUCAAGCACCUCGCCAGUCUAACCCAAUCCGAUUCGAUCGCCGGAAAACAACCGGGGAUCGUCAGGGCGCUUGCCAAAUCACUCUGUCAUAUCAAUCGGCUUGCUCGGGAUAACGAGAAUAAGAAGGAUUCUCUCAAGGCUAGGAUCUUGAUCCUCAGCGUCUCUCCCGACGCGCCUGGACAGUACAUCCCCAUGAUGAAUUGCAUCUUCUCAGCCCAGAAGGCCACAAUCCCGAUCGACGUCUGUAAGAUCUCGAAGGAAAACGCGGUCUUCUUACAACAAGCAGCCCAUCUAACCGAUGGAAUUUACUACCAAGUCGAGAAACCUAAAGCGAUCCUCCAAUACCUAACAAUGAUCUUUUUGCCUGGCUUGGCCGCCCGCAAAUUCCUCAACUUACCGAGACAUGAGGAGGUCGAUUUCCGAGCUGCUUGUUUCUGUCAUCGUGAGAUUAUCGAUGUGGGAUAUGUAUGCUCAGUAUGCCUUUCUAUAUUUUGUACUCCUACUCCAGUCUGCUCGACUUGUCGCACAAAGUUUCCCAUGUCUAGUCUCAAGCGCUUCCUAAUGGAAAAACCGAAAGCUAGAACGAAAUCUGCGAACGGGACUAUCGCUUCAUCUCCCCUCGGGACUAACGCUUCAUCUCCCCACAGAUCCUAG